ACGGCAGUUGGUGCAGCCGUCUCUCAUCAUCUCAACCUUAACGUUGUUCAUUCUUGCAUCUGGGUCCUUUGGACCGAUUUCAUGUCUACUGUUCUCUGUGUGAUAACUUUGCCAUCUUGGUGCUUUCAGCCGAGCAUUCAGGACCGAAGAGAGAGAGAGAGAGAGAGAGUUCACAAGCAGGAUACCAACAAAGGCUCCAGGAGAAUAGCGACAACUUGACCGUACACGUAGCCGUUAGAAAUUUGAAGUCUACGCCACCGACAACCGAUUCCGAAGGAAGGCCUCACGACCUCCCAUAUCUCCUUCUCCCCCCAACAAACCCAACCUCUCCUUCUUCCCCACACCCAACACAAUGCUGCCCGUCAAGCCUCUGACCUAGUAAGAAUCAAUCUCACCGAAGCUUUUUCCUCCUCAUAUAUAGCAUUUGGAGAAGAAGGAUUCCGCCCCUUCUUGAGGGGGAUCUGCUGAGAUUCUCCCAGUCCUUCCCAUGCCUUACCGGUGAUAUGAUUCCUUUCUUCAUGGGCAUGCCUUUUUUAUGUAAAGUUUGUAGGAGGUGGGGAAGGAUGGCGACCCAUUUCUUCUCUAUCGGUUUCUGAGGACACCCAAGGGAGAUUUGGAGUCUUGGAGUUCAGGGAUUAUGCCUUGCAUCUUGCAGCAUUCUUCAUUCAACGGGGAAAUCUUCGACAAGGAGUGCCCGCCUGCGCAGGACGUCGUUGGUGUCGUCCGGCACAAGAGUUUUUCGUAUUACAGGCUUCCGCAGAAGCUCCUGAAACUAUCGGUGGUGAAAUUGGACGGAAGCCGCUUCGAUGUGCAAGUUGCUAGGACGGCUUCGGUUGCGGAACUCAAGCGACGUGUGGAAGAUGUGUUCGAUCAAGCGCCUGAAGAAGGCAGAGGAAAGAUUUCGUGGUCUCACGUGUGGGGAUAUUUCUGCCUAUGCUAUGAGGGUUUCAAGCUAAUCAAUGAUAAAGAGCUUCUCCGUAACUUUGGAAUCAACGAUGGAGCUCAGCUUCGUUUCAUAAGGUAUUUAUCUAUUCAUUAUCUUCCAGCAGCGCGGCUUAAAAAUCACACUGCAGCUCAUGGGCAAUGCACGUCACCACGACAACCAAAACAAGAAGAUGAUGACAUUGAUGAUGAUGAAGAUAAACAUAAAGAAAUGAUCAAUCAAAAAGAAUUUAAGCUAGCUCAUUUUUUGAGAGGAUGGCUUCAAUGUUCAAGAUUGUGUUUUGUGGGGCGAGCAGAAAGCUUUCAAAGGUUGGCCAGCGACGAUUAUUCAACUGAUGAAAAGCCAAAAUGUAGACUGACAAGAUCCCACAGCAGUUGCUAGUGCAGGUUCUUGGUUUUUUCUAUCUGAAUUAACACUAAGUAGAUAUUAGCCUAGCUUCUAGAGAUGUUAGUUUGCAGCACGAAAAAAGUUGCUCUCCACGAAAUCAUCUGAACGGUUGAGCGAUUUUGAUAUUUCCAAACAUCAAUGUUAUCUACAAGGAGCCAUUCUCUAAGUGAUUGUUCCAUUUCUCCUAGUUGUUACAUUGGAAAAGCUGAUCAAUGAGUUAAUGAAAUACAGUUGAUGAAAAAUGUCAA